AUGAAAGCACCUACCGCCAUGAUUGUCGCGAAGGUAGCGGCAGGUUUCAUGGGGAAUUUGAAGACGGUGGUGGUGGUGGAAGGCUGGUUUGUUGUUUGCAAAUUGGUGAAUGGACUCAGUGUUGUGAGUUGUAAUGUUGCACCGGAGACUUCCCCGUCACGACACUUCAAUUUGCUGAAGAUGCUCGAAGUGGGAGGUAAAGUGAUAGCUAGAAAUGACAGCUUAGACAUGAUGGAGAAGCGGUAA